CUUUCUUCUUUCUUAACUGCCCAUCCAAUUUAACAUUUCUUCUUCCUCCAUACCCACGCCAUUUGAUUUUUCUCUCAUUGCAGUAUAUCAGAUAAAACAAGAGUGCUUAAAUUUUGUUUUCUUCAUCUUCAACCAUGAGACGAAACUGCAGCUUGGAACUUCGCCUCCUUCCUUCUAGUUAUUCCGGCGGCCACCACGACAUGAUGGAAGAGAGCAGCGAAAGCCCACAAAACCAACAGCAACAGCUAACAAUUUUCUACAAUGGAAGAGUUUGUGUUUGUGAUGUUACAGAGCUCCAGGCAAGAGCCAUUCUAAUGCUGGCAAACCGAGAAACGGAUGAAAGAAUAACAACUCCGACGGGUUCGGGAUCGGUACCGGCUUCACCAACGCUACAAUCUCAGCUAUACAGCCCAAAUACUGGAAUGACCAUGAAGAGAUCGCUCCAACGGUUCCUCCAAAAACGAAAGAAUCGGAUCCAAUCUACGUCUCCAUACCAUUAAUGAUACCAAUCCCUGCAUUCCUCAUCUAUCUUUUUGGCUAGCAAUGUCCUGCUAAGCCUUUCCAGGAAACGACAGGCCCGUGGGAUAUACCUGGGAGCUGGUUCUUUCUUUGUUUCCUUACGAUUAUGUAAAUAUACGUAUGAAUUAUGCGAGCAGCUUGAAGACCGUGAAUUUCACAUUUGUUGAUUGAUUUUUAUUUUUAUUUUUAUAUUUUUUGCUUUUUCUGUGACCAGAUAUUCUGUUUAAUUAUUUGGUUGUUGCUUGGCUUUUGUUAUAUUCUUUGAUUUCCAUCAUUUACAACAAAUCUAUAUACAAAACUUUGGCUUGAAAUUG